UCCAACAUGGCGGCGCCCUACAGUGGCAUACACUGAUCCGUAAUGACUUAGGUCAUAAUAACAGUUCUAAGCUUGAAAACUCAGUAGGAAGUAGACCAGGAGAAAACAUGUUUCCAGAAACGGCUCAGUGUUUAAAAACGGCGGCUCCGUUGUUUUCUCAAGCCGCUCUCUUGAAGGAUUUGAGACGCUUGUCCGCACAUGGAGGAGCCAGCUGCCUGCAGGCCCGGAGACACUUCGGUGUCAGCCACGGUCUGACCGCCAAGGUUCCCCCACCGCGGAGACCCCGGGAGAGGGUGGAGAUCCCCGGACUGGAGAUGGUCACCUAUUCUGAAAGGAUGCACUAUGUGCCGGGCCUGGCUAAGCCCGCAUACCAACCGUGGGAGAGGGACUACAAGGACCCUGGACAUUACAGGUCCCCCCCUAUUCAUGAGAUGCCCCUGUACAAAGAGAAACCGUGCUAUGUGUACAACCAGAGGACCAGCGCACUGGAAGGUGUGCGUCAGGCUCUGUGGUUGACCAAAACCAAGCUGACCUCUGGUCUGCCACCUCAGCUGCUCUCAUUGGCAGAGAAUCCUGCCAAUCAGAUACCAGAUCAAGAUGAACGCGUGCAGAACGCCAUCAAACAUGCCCGCUUCUGGGACACGACAGAGGAACGACCAGACAAAGACAAAUACAGCAACACUUUGCUCUUCAACCUGCUCCAUCUGUGUGCAACUCUCCAGUCGAGUCACCCAGCAAUUGGAAGGAGGAUCCUUGCUGAGAAAUACUCAUUGGCAGCUACAUGGAAAAGAGGUGAGGACCUGUUCCAGGUUAGGGGUCAGAAUGGUUUACUGCACAACUCCAUGGAUCCUCUCCCAGAGGUUUCCGGGAAACAGGAAGUGGGCGACACGGCAGAUCACAUCAUGGAAACGUUCUAUCCCGUCUCCCCCACCAUCGACCUGCAGAAAGUACAUGUGUACAAAGAGACGGUGAACUGCUCAGGUUUCAGGGGUGACUACCCUUACCCCCAUGCCCACACACUUUACUUCAUCGAGGGAGCUGAUACUUCCUGGACGCUCCGCCCAGAACAGUUCAGAGCUAAGAUGGUCAUGUUCGCCUUUGGAAACGCUUUGGCCCGUGCACACAAACUGUAUGGGACCCAGCCCCGUGUAUUAGAUCAUCCUGUAACAGUGCAGGCAGUCGGGACCAACGGUAGACUUUUCCACUUCAUGGUCUUCCAGCUCAACACAACAGAUCUCGCAGGAGACGACGGCAUCAAGAACCAGGUGUGGCUGGAUAAAGACGUCGAGCUCUAUGACUUUGCAAAAGUCCGGCCGCUCAUCAAGAAGAAACAAGUGACGGUACCAGCUGGCCUGGCAGGAUACAAGCCUGAAACAUUCAGGAAGUUCCUGGCCCUGUACCUGCACGGAGCUGUGUAGGACUGCAUACAGUACCUUGUGUGUGUGAGAGUGUGUGUGAGAGAGAGAGAGAGUGAGAGUGAGUGAGUGAGAAACUCCUUUGCUUUUGACUCCAUCGCUGUGUUUGCUCUUGCUGCUGUGCUCACUCAAUAAACAAACUGUCAUUCUGAA